AUGGCCGUCACAUGCCAUCUUAUAGCGUUUUUCCUUCUAUUUAAACUGUCGGUUGCAAUCAACAUCUCUGAUCGUGCUUCUCAACUUAAUGAACGAAUUGAUUGUUUUCCUGAUGCUGAAUCGAAAUUUUCUUCUUAUUCAAAGGAUAGUUGUUUAGCACGCAAUUGUCUAUUCGAUGAUUGGUCCCCUUCCGGAACUAUUCAAUGUUAUUUGCGACCCAAUUAUGGAUACAUAUUGAGAGAAAACCCACAACAAACUGCAAAUGGUAUUCGAUUACGAUUGCAACGCAAUCAAGCAGUUGGUAGUAUGUUUCCAGCACCCAUUGAGAAUGUCGUACUUGAUGUACAACAUUAUACCAAUGAUAUAAUUCGAUUCAGAUUAUACGAUGAAGACAAUCAACGAUUUGAGGUACCAAUCCCAUUGUCACCGGCAUCUGGUCAAGUUUCAUCAGCUCAAUAUGAAUUUAAUCAUUGGUCUGAUUUUUCACGUGAUAAUGUUCUUUCAUUUUCAAUCAAACGUCGAUCGAAUCAGGCUACAUUAUUUGAUACAUCACUUGGUGGUCUCAUACUUAAUGAUCAAUUUCUUCAAAUAGUAACACGUCUUCAGUCACCGCAUGUUUAUGGAUUUGGUGAAAAUAAUCAUGAUACAUUGAAGCAUAAUGUUAAUGAACGUAAAACAUGGGGUAUCUUUGCUCGUGAUCAAGGUACUCAUUGGGGAUCAAAUGCAAAUCAAUAUGGAUCACAUCCGUUUUAUCUUGUUAUGGAACAAGCAGCCAACUCUAAUCAAGUUCCAUCAGGUAAUAUGCAUGGUGUUCUUUUACUCAAUUCCAAUGCUAUGGAUUAUUCAUUUGGAUCUGUUCCAUCAUUAACAAUGCGUACAAUUGGUGGUAUUUUGGAUUUUUUUGUAUUUCUUGGUCCAAAACCUGAACAAGUUGUUCAACAAUAUACAUGGCUAGUUGGUCGAUCUAUUUUACCACCUUAUUGGUCACUUGGUUUUCAACUUGCUCGUUGGGAUUAUGGAAAUUUGACACAUAUGCAACGAGUUGUCAAACGAAAUCGUGAUGCUGGAAUUCCUCUUGAUGUUCAAUACGCUGAUAUUGAUUAUAUGGAUGCUGCAAAAGAUUUUACUAUUGAUCCAGUUAAUUUUCGUGGAAUGAAAGAAUAUUUUGCUGAAUUAAAUGCAGAUGGUAUUCGAACCAUAAUAAUUUUGGAUCCGGCUACAAUUGAUGAUCAGGUACAUUAUGCACCAACGAUUGAAGGUAUUCAAGAAGAUGUAUUUAUUAAAUGGGAUGAUGGCAAGACAUUAAUGAAAGGAUCUUGUUGGCCAGGCGAUGUUUUCUUUCCAGAUUUCUUCACAAAUCGAACUCAAUCUUGGUGGUCACGAUGGAUCAAAGAUUUUCGUCGUGUUAAUCUUACGUUUGAUGGACUUUGGAUCGAUAUGAAUGAACCUGCUCUGUUCGAUACAAAUGAACCAGUACCAUGGAACGCACAUCUAAGUGGCAGUAGUUACACACUCAAAUGUCCAAACAGCAAAUAUGAUGAUCCUCCAUAUCGUACUAAAGCUGCAUUUCGUUAUGAUAAUUCGAUGGCUCGACCAAGUCGUCUAUCGGACCGAACUCUUUGUCUAUCGGCUCAACAAGGUGAAAUUGAUAUGAGAACUGGUCAACCAAAAUAUCGUCAUUAUGAUACUCACAAUUUAUAUGGAUGGAGUCAAACAAAACCAACAUUGGAUGCAAUGCGAGAAGCAACUGGUAAAAGAAGUUUAGUUUUACCACGUUCAACGUUUGUUGGUUCGGGUCAAUGGAGUGGUCAUUGGCUUGGUGAUAAUGGUGCUCAAUGGGAAGAAAUGAAACGAUCUUUAAUUGGAAUGAUUGAAUUUAAUUGGUUCGGUAUUCCAUUCAACGGUGCUGAUAUUUGUGGUUUUGAUGGAAUACCCAGUGAAGAAAUGUGUAUUCGUUGGAUGCAAGUUGGUGCCUUUUAUCCAUUUUCAAGAAAUCAUAAUAUUUGGAAAUUACCAGAUCAAGAUCCAGCUUCAUGGUCUUCAUCAGCUGUGUCUAUUAUGGUUUCGGCUCUUCGUCUUCGUUAUACUCUUCUGCCAUAUUAUUAUACACUUUUUUAUAAAGCACAUACACAAGGUACAACAGUCAUUCGACCAUUAUUUCAUGAAUAUCCCACUGAUAAGACAACACUCGAUAUCUUUCUCCAGUUUCUUAUCGGAUCUCAUCUCAUGAUAGCACCUGUUACAGAUAAUGGAGUUCGAGAAGUUCAAGUGUAUAUUCCAUCAUCACAUUGGUAUAAUUUUUAUACCGGUCUACGAUAUGCUGCACAAAAACAAUUCAUAUCAAUAGCAGCACCAAUAGAAACGAUACCAAUCUUAAUCAGAGGUGGAGCUAUUUUACCAACACAAGGCUAUGCUGAAAAUACAAAAUUAUCAAGAGAACAACCAUUUGGUCUCGUAAUUGCACUUGACUCACAUGGUAAUGCUGAAGGUGAUCUCUUCUAUGAUGAUGGUGAAUCAAUUGAUACAAUUGGUUCAAAAGCGUAUUACUAUGGUACAUUCCGAUGGACAUCUAAUAAUCGACAAUUAACAAUCAAUGUUAAUGAAAAUAGUUAUCCUCAUAUGUCAAAUUUAGUUUUAGAUACAUUAACGAUCUAUGGAUUAGAUGAUGUGCCACUUAAAUUCAAUGUUAAUAACAAAGACUUUACACCAACAGUAAGACCACAAAGUCAAAUUAUUGAAAUAAAAGGAUUAGGAUUAUCUAUGGAUGUAAAUCAUGUAAUAACAUGGCAAUUUCCUGAAAUAUUCGUAGUACAAAGACCUAGUAUCAUUGAUACUGAUCCUAAAUAUCGAAUUGAUUGUCAUCCUGAUCCACAUGCUAGUGAUUUUUCAUGUAGAAAUCGUGGAUGUACUUGGGAUACUAGUUCUGGAUGGGGCAUCGUUGCUUGCUUUAUUCCACAAGAUAAAGGUGGUUAUACUCUAGUAGGAGCUCCACAAAAUACUUCUAGUGCUGUGACACAAUAUACACUUUCUCGUCUUUCUGAACCCAAUCAAUUUUCCUUAUUUGGACAAGAUAUUAAAAAUUUAAAUGUUCAAGUCAGUGUUUCAGGUGCUGAUAUGAUACGUAUGACAAUACGUGAUUCAAAUUCAAAACGUUAUGAGGUUCCUGUACCUAUUCGAUGGAAUCCUAUUGCUCCAUCUUCAUCUGUUACACCUAAAAUUAAAUAUGAAAUGACCAAAACUCAAAAUGGACAAGUUGGUUUUCGUGUUCGACGUACAAAUACCAAUUCAAUUCUAUUCGAUACAUCAUUUUUUGCUGAAGGUUUCAUUUAUGAUGACAAAUAUAUUCAAGUAAUUACAACUAUUCCAUCUAGAAAUGUUUAUGGUUUUGGUGAAAACACUCAUAAAUCUUUUCGACAUGUUCUCAAGGAAUCACAUCGUUAUGGUAUAUUUGCUCGUGAUCAACCACCUUAUGGUGCACAAGAAAAUUUAUAUGGUACACAUCCAUUCUAUAUGGUUAUUGAAAAUGAUGGACAAACAUUUGGUGUACUUAUCUUCAAUUCAAAUGCACAAGAUUACAAAUUUGAUGAAUUUGCUGAUGAUCAAGCUAUGCUUACUUAUCGAACGAUUGGUGGUAUUAUGGAUGUUUUAUUCUUUGCAGGACCUAAACCAGAAGAUGUUAUUCGACAAUAUCAACAAGUGAUUGGUACUCCUUAUAUGCCACCUUAUUGGGCACUUGGAUUUCAACUUUGUCGUUAUGGUUAUGAUUCAUUGAAUAAUAUGAGAGCAGCAAUGCAACGAACACUCAAUGCAAAUAUUCCUCUAGAUGUUAUGUAUGGUGAUAUUGAUUAUUUUCGAAAGCGACUAGAUUUCACGUGGGAUCCAGAUACCUUCAGUGGUUUACCUCAAUAUAUCGAUUGGUUACAUUCGAAUGGCAUGAAAUUUAUCACGAUUCUUGAUCCAGCUAUUGAUUCUGAAGAGCCAAACUAUUCUGUUUAUAGUGAAGGACAACGCGAUGAUAUUUGGAUUAAAUGGCCAACACGUCGUAAUGUUCAAUUCAGUGAAACUGGUAAUCGAAAUAUGCUUGGUUAUGUAUGGCCUGAUGGUAAAACUGUAUUUCCAGACUUUUUCUAUCCACCAGCAAUAGAAUGGUGGAAAUCACAAGUUUUGAAUUAUUAUGCUAAAUUGAAAUUCGAUGGUCUUUGGAUUGAUAUGAAUGAACCAGCUAAUUUCGAUACAAAUAGAGAUCGACCAUUUAAUUGGAAUCGCCCAGAAUCAUGGAGUCUUCAUUGUCCUUUGGAUGAACCAUUGGAAACACCAAAAUAUAAAACAUCAAUUUUGGGUGAUUAUCUCUCAGAUAAAACUUUAUGUAUGAUUGGUGAACAAACAGAUGGUCAAGGUGCUGUCUAUACUCAUUAUGAUGUACACAAUCUAUACGGAUGGACAGAAACAAUGGCUUCAUUACCAGCUGCUCGAGCUACAGAAAAUAAACGAUCGAUUGUUAUUAGUCGAUCAACAUUUCCAACUUCGGGUUCAUUUAGCGGUCAUUGGUUAGGUGACAAUUCAGCACAAUGGUCACAUCUUAAAUACAAUAUUAUUGGAAUGUUAGAAUUCAAUUUAUUUGGUAUCCCAUAUGUUGGUGCUGAUAUUUGUGGGUUCGAAGGAGAAACAACUGAACAAAUGUGUCAACGAUGGAUGCAAUUAGGUGCUUUCAAUCCAUUCUUUCGAAAUCAUAAUGGUUUAAGAUAUAGAGAUCAUGAUCCAGGUAAUUUUGCUCCAGCUGCUGUAGCCUCAAAUCGUCAAGCUGUGGUAACACGUUAUCAAUUGAUUCCAUAUUUAUAUACAUUAUUCCAUCGUGUUCAUAUUUCGGGUGGUACUGUAGUUCGUUCAAUGGGUCAUGAAUUUCCGACAAUAACUGAAUGUUUACCACUUGAUGAACAAUUUCUUUGGGGUUCGCAUCUACUUAUUGCUCCAGUUAUUUAUGAAAAUCAUUUUAACAAAUGGGUUUAUUUACCUACAACUGAACGAUGGUUUGAUUAUUAUACUGGUGAAGAAAAAACAACACUUGGAGCAAUAACAGUUUCAGCACCUCUAGAUUUUAUUCCAUUAUUUUUACGUGGUGGUUCUAUUAUACCACAUCAACAAUCAGCUAUGAAUACAGUUGCAUCACGUAAGAAACCAAUGUAUCUUAUUGUUGCACUUGAUCAUCAACAAAAGGCUGGAGGAGAUCUAUUCUGGGAUGAUGGUGAAUCGAUUGAUACUUAUGAAAAAUCACAUUAUAAUUAUUUCAUUUUCAAUUGUGAUUCAACACAUUUAAUGAUUCAACCAUGGACAUACAAGUAUCCGGAGAUGAGUAAUGAUAUCAAAUUAGAAGAAAUAAGAAUCUAUGGUAUGAACAAACAACCAAGUAGAAUUACAUGGAAUGGACAAGAUCUAACACAAUCUACAAAAUGGACAUUUGAUACAAACAAGAAUGUUUUGUUUAUGAAAGAUUUAGCUUUAGAUUUUUCAAAAACACAACAAUUUGUUUUUCAUUAA